CCCGCAGGUACCCGACCCGCUGCAGGACUUUAGAACAGGACACAUUAUGCCAAUAUUAGUAUGUAUAGGAAUGCAGUGUGUGUGAUAGUGAGUGGGUGGCACAGGACAUAUUAACAAAUGUUAGUACUUAUGGGAAUGCAGCAGGUGUGAUAGGGAGAGGAUGGCAAAGGCCACAUUAUGCCACUGUUAGUGCAUAUAGAACUUCAGUAGGUGCUAAGUGAGGCAAAAAAAGACAAAGCCUGCACUGUGAUAGUAUUGGAUGUACACGAGGCUGCAGUUUACAGACAGGCAUCAUCCAGACCUCAAUCCUAGAUGUACAUGGGGGCACUGGAGGUGCCAGGGUCACUGGCUCUUGUAUCCCAUGUCUAUCACCAAGUCACAGCCAGAAAUAAGAUCAAAUGAGGGGCACGAGCCAGUGAGUCCAACACCUGGAAUGAAUGUGCCCCUCUGCCGUGCACUCCAAGACCCCAAUGUUCCACUCAUACCCUUCCCUUUUUCCCCAGGCACAAUGUGUCUGCCCCAACCCACAUCACGUUUCACCUUCCAGGUAUAGAGGACCUCAAGCCUCCAUGCACAAACUAGUACCCCUAGUACUGCUCUCUCAAUUAAAGCCCCCCCCCCAUUGCAGCAUCAGGACAGACCAGAGCAGUGCAGCUGAGAUCUGACCCAAACAGUAGAUACGGCACAAGGCUGGGACAGAGCUAAGGAUGGCGGGACAGAAGGACAUACAGAAGUGGUGAGUAGAGACAGAGGAGCUGAGACACGUAGAGGCUCAAGCAAGAGAGACAGUAGAUCGCAGAGAGCAUCAGAGAUGAGGAUGUAGAGACGUCAGGGAUGAGGAUGAAGACACAGAUUAGGAUGGAGACAGAAACAUCAGGGAUGAUGAGUAUGGAGAGACAGAUGAAGAGGAUGAGGAGACAUCGGGGCUAAGGCAGAGUCUCUCCCACCUCCCAGCAGCCCCACAGCUGCUCCCUCCCCUCCUCCCUCCCCAAUCAGACAGCUCUGUGUGGCUCCCACCCUGUGUCUAUGACCCCAAUGCCCGAUGUACACUGACCUUCCUGCCCGGACCAGGGAGAGGGAUCAGACAGGCAGAGGGAGCUGCAGUCCGGUCAGAACCACCAUGGAAACCGCCACCCAUUUCCGGUAUUGCCAGAACCUUCUGGAACACACAAUGUCCACAGAAAACUUGAGCCUACGCUUCCAGAGGGAGAUGGGCAGCAGCCUGACCUGGCACGAUGGGCGAGGGCAACGCUCAACCACAGGGAGGGCACUCAAGCUCCUCAAACAGCCUGGAACAGAGGUAACACAGGUCCGGCCCAGUGAUCAGUAUGGGAUUUAUCACACCAGCCCAUCCUUCAGCUGCCUCACCAAACCCGUGGUUCUGUGGAGCCAGCAGGACGUCUGCAAGUGGCUAAAGAAACAUUGUCCCCACAACUAUCUCACCUACGUGGAGGCCUUUGCCCACCAUGCCAUCACAGGUCGUGCUUUGCUGAGGCUAAAUGCAGAAAAGCUGGAGCGCAUGGGAAUUACCCAUGAGUUCCAGCGGCAGGAGGUGCUGCAACAGGUGCUGCAGUUGCAGGUGCGAGAGGAAGUGAGAAAUCUGCAACUGCUCAGUAAGGCUUCCUAUGGAAACUUCUGAGAGUCGAGAGUCUUAGCUACACAAUGAAAUCACUGUGACGGUCACAUCUGGGAUCUGGCUGCCUUUCCUCAUCCUCCAUUCAGCAGCCGGGGACAGGCCAGGGGGCGCGGAUCCUGCAUGCACAUUUCUGGCACCAUAAUUAGAUGAUCGUAUCUCUUUUUCCUCAAGCAAAGAUUCACGUUCCUUCAAGCAAAUCAUCUUCAAAACAAGAAUUCCUUCAGAAGGUUGUGCAGGAACUGACUGCACAUAGUCAUUGGCCAUUGUACAAUAGAGGGCAGUGUGUCUGCAACUGGCAACAGACUUUUCUUUUUGUUUAAACAGCUGAAGAAAUGCAACAAUCUGUAGAGUGUAAAAGCAGUGCCGGAAUAUGUAUAGGGCAUAGAAGCAGUGCCGGACUAUAUGUAGGAAGUAGAAGCAGUGCAGGGCUAUGUGUAGGAAGUAAAAGCAGUGCAGGACUAUGUGUAGGAAGUAAAAGCAGUGCAGGACUAUCUGCAGGAAGUAGAAGCAGUGCAGGACUAUGUGUAGAAAGUAGAAGCAGUGCAGGACUAUGUGUAGGAAGUAGAAGCAGUACAGGACUAUGUGUAGGAAGUAUAAGUAGUGCAGGACUAUGUGUAGGAAGUAGAAGUAGUGCAGGACUAUGUGUAGGAAGUAGAAGUAGUGCAGGACUAUGUGUAGGAAGUAGAAGUAGUGCAGGACUAUGUUUAGGAAGUAGAAGCAGUGCAGGACUAUGUUUAGGAAAUAGAAGCAGUGCAGGACUAUGUGUAGGAAGUAGAAGUAGUGCAGGACUAUGUGUAGGAAGUAGAAGUAGUGCAGGACUAUGUGUAGGAAGUAGAAGUAGUGCAGGACUAUGUGUAGGAAGUAGAAGCAGUACAGGACUAUGUGUAGAAAGUAGAAGUACUUCAGGACUAGGUCUAAAAAUUUAGAAGCAGUGCAGGACUAUGUGUACAAAGUAGAUGCAGUGCAGGACUAUGUGUAGGCGGUAGAAGCAGAGCAGGACUAUGUGUAAAAAGUAGAAGCAGAGCAGGACUAUAUGUAGGAAGUAGAAGCAGUGCAGGACUAUGUGUAAAAAGUAGAAGCCGUGCAGGACUAUGUGUAGGAAGUAGAAUCAGUGCAGGAUUUGGCGUAUUGUUCAUCCUGGCUAUUAAAAACGAUUCUUGAUGACAUUUAUCAAUAAGGAAAAAAGAUAAAAACAUAGGAAGGCUGUUUUUUUUUUUCAGAAAGGUCCUAAUGAGGACCGAAACAUUGGACUCCGAUAUGAUGUACUAAAAAAAAAAAAGAGGUUUAGAUUUUACAUGGGAGUGCCGGUUUUGAAAUUAGUGGAUAUAUACAAAUUAUAACUGUGCACCCUGGUAACACACAAAAGAAAAUUUUGCCUUAGAGUGCGGAUACUCAACAGACAGAUUUAAACUUCUAUGAAGGAGGAUACGGCAGAAGCCAUUCUGUUUUUCUAAGGACAACACUUUCAUUUAUUUUGGAUUAUAUUUAACAGCAAUUCUACAGCUAUAUGCCACGUUCAAUUAAUA